AUUAUACUUGAUGAUUGGGACAACUCCUCGACAAUGUUUUCACGUAAUUCGCGAAUGAUUCUGCGAAAGUGUCAAUUGUUAAGUGCCGGGAAGAACCGUUGGCUGAGCUCAACAACCACAAAAGCAGAGGAGGACCCGGCCCCCUUAUUCUUCAGCAAAGAUAUCCAGGAGCUCCUGAAAAUUCUCACACGUCCAGAUCCAAAAAAAGUCUUCAGGACCCGCAAGGAUGGCCAUCCAAUAGAAGAUCCAACCUACAAAUUCAUGACGGACGAAGAGCUUCAGGCGUCCCUGCAAAAGGCUGAACAAGAUCUCCAGCAGCGGUUGCAAAUGCCUCCAGUUGUGAAGGAACGAAGCCCUAUUACAGAUAUCGUCUCCAAAGAUCCGGCAAUUCAGGGAAACGAUGGGUCUAAAUACAUUUUCACUGAUAUCACGUUUGGCGUUAAUGAUCUCAAUCGCUUGAUCGUCGCCAGGGAUCCUGACGGCACAUUGAGGAAGGCCAGUUGGGAUGAGAGGUUCAGGAUGAAUCAAAUUUAUUUUCCAGUGGAGGGGAGAGAAAUGUUCACACCGAAGAUGUUUCAGGACGAGCAGAUUCAGGCAAUCCUCGAACGCAAGGACUACGAAUUCAUCCUAGACCGCGCCUGCACUCAGUUCGAACCCGAUGAUCCUGAAUAUCAACGGAUCACCAGGCUGGUUUACGAUGCAGUGGACAGCCAAAAUGAUUACGACACACUGCGGUCAACCCGACACUACGGACCUUUUCUAUUCCAUUUAGUUGUCACAAAGAACAUCGACAAUCUUCUCUACGAGAAUAUCACCAGGGAAUUCAUCGAGGAUGCUGCCCUUCUCGUCAAGUUAUUCCACAAGAUCCACGAGACUUCCCAGUGCGAUGAAGUAUCCCGAAUAGAAAAUAACAUGGAGGUCAUUCAGAAAUACAUCGACUCCGAUGCACCGAAGAAAGGAAAAUUGAAUUCUGCCAUCAAUGCAUACAAGGAGCUCGUGAAGACGAGGGAAACUGUUGCGGAAGCAGUGAAGAAAGCACAUGGACUGGAUUAAUGCGAUAAUGCGGGGAUAUUGGGUUGUUCAGUGGAAUUAUAUUAUUAAAAAAUUAAUAAAUACAUUUGUAACAUAAAAAAAUAUAUUUGUAAAAGGAGUUGAUGUGGUUCAA